AUGGGUUCCAAAUUACAAGAGUACAAAGAAACCUUAGAGCGUAGCCUUGUCGAUAAAAGCAAGCCGUGGACCAAAUAUUUCGACAAAGCUGAGCAGAAAACCGGCGUCAACAGAGUCUACCUUUUCGUGGGUUUGGUAGCGUUCACUGGUUUAUAUUUAGUGUUCGGUUUUGGAUCUGAAUUGGUAUGCAAUUGUAUUGGGUUUGUGUACCCCGCGUACAUGUCUAUGAAGGCUUUGGAAUCGCCCCAAAAGGAUGACGACACUAAAUGGUUGACUUACUGGGUGGUGUACGCAUGCUUCUCAAUCGUGGAGUACUUUUCCGACUUCAUCGUUGGAUGGUUCCCACUUUACUGGUUAAUAAAGGACAGUUUUAGCGCUACAGCGGCUUUGUGGUGCGAGCACGCAUGCGUAUACACAGAGGCGAUCGAUUCCUCGGGCGCAGCGCUCAGUGCCAGUGCUCGCGAGUCCGCCGCGCAGUCCGCACGAUGCGUUCCCAGUGACGCGGCAAUUAGCCAAGCUGUAUCUCCGCGAGUACGCCGGCGAGGAGGAGCGGCCGCCGUGCCGGGAGGAGUGGCGGCGUCAGGACUGGGGCGGCGGGACGCGCGGGCGUCUGCCGCAGAUAAGAGAACAGCUAACGGUAAGCCAGGAUAUGAAAGCAGAGCCUCUUUAGAGAGCCCCUACCUCACUCGCGAUGACGAACCGUCGCCGGCGCCGGACGAGCGCGGCCGGUCGGCCUCCGCCGGCGCGCACCACCGCGCCAGACCCCGGCCCCUCCGCUACCAAUCCCUGGAGAGAGACUAUGACCGCGCCUACCCCCCACCACCACCAGACGAAGAGUACUACCGCCGCGAACCGCCACCCCUCUUCCUCGGCGAGCUCCAAUCCCAGAACUCGGACCUGCAACGCGAGCUGGGCAACCUCAAGAAGGAACUGGAACUGACCAAUCAGAAGCUGGGCUCCAGCAUGCACAGCAUAAAGACCUUCUGGAGCCCGGAGCUGAAGAAGGAGCGCGCGCUCAGGAAGGAGGAGAGCGCCAAGUACAGCCUUAUCAACGACCAACUGAAACUGCUCAAUCAAGAAAAUCAGAAACAAGCGAUGCUAGUCAGACAGCUGGAGGAGGAGCUUCGACUGCGCAUGAGACAGCCGGCGCCUGAACUUCAGCAGCAAUUGGAAGCUCUGUUUGCCGAGAACGAACAUCUGCAGAGGGAGAUAGCUAUAUUAAGGGACACCAUCAAGGAACUAGAAUUAAGGAUCGAGACACAAAAGCAAACACUACAAGCGAGAGAUGAAAGCAUUAAAAAAUUACUGGAAAUGCUCCAAAAUAAGGGAAUGGGUAAAGAGGAGGAAAGACAGAUGUUCCAACAGAUGCAGGCGAUGGCACAGAAGCAGUUGGACGAGUUCCGAUUGGAGAUCCAGAGGCGGGAUCAGGAGAUCCUGGCGAUGGCUGCGAAGAUGAAGGCUUUAGAGGAGCAGCAUCAAGAUUACCAACGGCAUAUAGCGGUGUUGAAGGAGUCCUUGUGCGCGAAAGAGGAACACUACAGCAUGCUGCAGACUGAUGUGGAAGAACUAAAAGCACGCCUGGACGAAAAGAGCAGAAUGGUAGAAAAGAAGACUGCUGCGGCGCUGGCAGCUGCGCACGAGUUAGCAGAACUGAGGGAUCAUUCCGAAAUCAAAGAUCGAAAGAUCAACGUGUUGCAAAGAAAGAUCGAAAAUCUAGAAGACCUUCUAAAAGAAAAGGAUAAUCAAGUUGAUAUGGCCAGAGCUAGACUAAAUGCAAUGCAAGCGCACCACUGUUCCUCAGAAGGCGCAUUAUCAUCGCUCGAAGAAGUUAUAGGUGAUAAAGAAAAACAAAUUCAACAGCUACGCGAACAGAGAGACCGCGCGGAACAUGAGAAGAAUGAAGAGAGGGAACUUCACGAAAGAGAGAUAGCCGAUUAUAAAAUGAAACUCCAUGCUCUUGAAAGCGAAGUCGAAAAACUUGGGGCUAGACUUGAAAGAGCGCAAGCUGAGAAGGACAGGCUUGAAGCCAAGCUUGAAAGUUCACAGAGCGAAUUAGGUAAAUCUAAAGCUGAAUUAGACAAAGCUGCAAGUGAAGUCGGUAGAUCGGGCGCUGAUUGGGAAGCGGCGAAGCAGCGGCUAGCAAGACUUGAGCUGGAAAAUGAAAGGCUCAAACAUGAACUAGAAAGAUCACAGACCACCUUUGGUAGAAGUACUCUGACAACGUCGCAGGAACUGGAUAGAGUGCAAGAGAAGGCCGAUAAGUCCGCAGCAGAAUUACGCCGGACUCAGGCUGAACUGAGAGUGACUCAAGCGGACGCUGAGAGAGCUCAUGCUGAAGCAGGUGCUUUACAGGAGAAAUUGGAGAAGUCGCAAGGGGAAGUUUAUCGUCUGAAGGCGAAACUUGAAAAUGCACAAACUGAGCAAGAUAGCCUGAAAGAAGAGUAUGAUCGAAUUCAAUCUUCUAUCAGUCGUUUGCACUCCGAGAGGGACAAGGCAACAGCCGAGCUGGAUAAAGCCAGGGAAGAGUUGGAGAGGACUCAAGCAACCCUCGGCAAGGCACAACUGCAACAAGACAAGCUUCAGGCGGCCCUCGACAACGCUCACUCGGAGAUCGACAAACUGCAAGAGAAGUUGGAUAAGGCAGCAGUGGAGAACAGGAAGCUGCAAGUUGAUCGCGAGAAACAGUCAUACGACUUCGAAUCUCUCCAGUCGCAGCUGGAUAAAGCGUUGGGACAGGCAGCACGCCUCCAGAAGGAGAGGGACACAGCACAGCUGGACACCGAGCGCUUCCGGGACAAGCACGACAAGGCACAGGCUCUCGUUGCGCGUAUUCAGAAGGAAAGGGACACAGCGCUGGCUGACGCCGCUAGCUGCCGCGAAAGAGCCGAGGCGGCUGCAGCGGCAGCUAACAGAGCGGCCAGGGAUCGCGACAGUGCAGCCACGGAGUUGGACGUUCUCAGAGAGAGGUGGGAGAAAGCGCACCAACAACACCAGAAACUAACGAUGGAAAGAGACGACGCCUUGACAGAGGUCGAGAUAUUGAAAGAAAAACUAGAUAAGGCACUUUAUUCAACGCAAAAAACCAUAGAGGAGAAAGAGAGCGCGCACAAAGAAUACGAGAAAAUGCUUGAAAAGUAUGAUAGGUCGCAAAAUGAAAUCUACCGACUACAAAACAAGAUCGAUAUUUUAGAAGCAGAUAAAGAUCGUAUUGAACUUGAGUUAGAAAAACAAGUGCACCUGUCCACAAAAUCAAGGGAAGACCAAAGAAAAAUGCAAGAUGAAUUAGCUAGGUUACAGGAAAUGUAUGAUAGAGCAUCUAUGCAAUUAGGCAGGACUAAAGAACAAGAGGAGAAAGCUAAAGAAGAUAUGGACCGGUUACAUGUAGACAUAGAAAUGGUACGCGACAGAUACGAGAAGAGUCAAGUAGAACUGAGAAGACUGCAAGCAGAAAAAGAAAAGCAUAUUGCUGACAAUGAAAGAUUGCAAUUUGAAUAUGAUAGAGCGAUGACACAAUGUGGUAAAGCGCAAGCGUCUAAUGAAAAAACACAAGAAGAAAUGGCCAGAGUACAGAUCGAGCUAGAAAAAAUGUAUGACAAACAUGAUAAAGUUUCUGCAGAAUUAAGAAGAGUUCAGGCCGAAUUAGACAAGGUUAAACAAGAUGCAAGUGGUGCUAGAGAGGAGGCAGAAAGAUACGCAGCACGUUAUGGAAAAUAUCAUGACACAAAAGAAGAGCAUGAGAGGACUAAGUUGGAGGUAGAAAGACUUCGCACGCGGUUAGAGAAGACCACAUUAGAUCUGGAACGAGCGCGGAAGGCCGAGGAGGAAGUGCUCCGUCUGCGUUCGGAGCUCGAACGCAUCGAAGGCCUCCGAGGUAAAUACCAAUUCGAACAGGAUAAGUGGACCAAUGAAUUAAAUCGAAUGCAGGCUGAGCUCGACAAGCACCGUGAGCGUCACGAAGCAUCGCAAGCGGAAAUCCAGCGUCUGCAAGUUGAAAAGGAACAAGCAGAGACGAAGUUGCAUGAACUCAACAUACAACUAGAAUUAUCAAAGAGUGAAGUGACUAAACUAAGUGCGGCAUUAGAAAAGCAGCGUACUGAUCUCGAACGUGCUCAUAUUGAGUGCGAGAAGUUCAGGGAUAGGUGUGAGAAACUUAAAUUGCGUUCUGACCAACUAGACAAAGAUAACGAAAGACUUAAAGGCGAGCUGCAACAAAUCGAGAGGAUGAAGCUUCAAGCGGUUGCCGGUGACAAAGCGCGGACUGAAGAUAGACUCGAAAUUGAACGACUUCGUGAUAAACUUGAAAAAGCAAUUCAAGCUAGAGAUUCGACAGAAAUGGAAGCAGGUCGAUUAGCCAAGGAACUUGAAAAGUCACAGAUGCAUCUAGCCAAAUACCAGGAGACUAAUGAAACGACUCGAGUAGAGUAUGAUAGAAUGACUAAUGAACUAGGAAGAAUGCACGAGCGCCUUGAACGAACUAUCCUGGAGAUGCGUCAAAUUGAACAAGAAAGGGAUGCAUUAAGAGUAGAGAUACAGAAUACGAGACAAAAUAUACAGCAACAACAGAGAACGUUAGAUCACCGAACGCAAGAAACGUUAGUGAAACUCCAGCAAGAACUCGCUCAAUCAGUGAGAGACAGGGAAAAGAUGGCGGCUAUAUUAGAGCAACGGGAUAAACAAGCGGACGCAAUAGAAAAGCAAAUCGUUAAACUGGAGGCUGACACAAAACAGCUGACAAUCGAACGCGAUCAGCUCGUAGCUCAGUUAGAAAAGUCACAAGACAUGCUCGUGAACUUCCAAAGGGAGUUGAACGCUUCGGAAGCGGAGUUGCAGAAGCAACGCGAAGAAGUGCGUAGAUUGAAGGAAGAACAGCGAAAGAUGGCUCAGGAUUCGGAACGUGGUGCCAAGACCGUCCUAGAGAAUCGUGAGCGCGAAAUCAAUAAACUGCAACAGCAAGUGCAGGCUGUUACGAAAGACAGAGAUACGAUAAGACAGCGCGCUGAAAAAGCUGAGAGAGAAGCACAGAAAGUGGGCGAAUUGGAGAAAUGGCGGGCCGCCGUGGAAGCGGAGAAGACGAAAGCCAUCGCAGCGGAAAGAGCGCUUUCUGAAUGCCAGCAGCGCUUACAGUCUUUGGAGAAACAGUUCCAGGCACAGCAGCAGCAAUUGCAGCAGCUGCAAGCGCGUGGACCGUCGGACGUACGAGAGGUGCAAAAGCAGCUUGAAGCGGCGCAAGGGGAGGCGCGAUCGCUUGCCGUAGAACGGGAACGGUGCCAAUCACAGUUGGAGAUGCUUGUACAAGAACUGGAGAAGAGCCAGCUCGAUCUCCACGAGGCGAACAAGAAAUUACAGGCAGCUGGCGCUCAGAACGCAAGAGCUGGGGAAGACACAGCCCAAGCUAAGAAGCACCUGCAAGACGAAUUUAAAAAGCUCGAAGACGCGAGGAAACAAUUUGAAGAGCAGAGAAGAACAUUUGAUACUAGAAGGAAAGACGUGGAAGAAAAUGAGAAGUCGCUUGCGGAGUUAGAUCGGCAGUUAAAGAAGAGGAAAGAGCAAAUGGACCAAAUGGAAGCAUCUUUGAGGAAGGCCGGUGGUAGCACGGCAGCGGUGACUGACUUAAACCGCAAGCUGACUGACACACAGAAGGACGCAGAACAACUGAAUAAGCAACUAGAACAAUCGAAAGAGGAAGCGAAGAGACUCACCACAGAGACAGAAAGACUGUUACAGCUCGUCCAAAUGUCGCAAGAGGAACAGGCGCAGAAGGAAAAGCAGAUUAUGGAGUUGCAACAAUCUGUGAGAAACCUUCAAGCCAAACUGAAAAGUCAGCAACAAGCACAAGCACAAAGAGAAGAGGAUCUGAACAGAGCCAGGCAGAGUGAGGUUGAGGCAAUAAACGAUUUGACACGCACGCUAAAAGAGAAAGAUGAUUUAAAAGCAAAGUUAGAAGAGAGCAAAAUGAAAGUGAUAGACUUGGAGAUCGAGUUAAACGAGUCUUCGCUCAUACUGUCUGAACUAUUGAAGAUAUCCAAAGGGCAGGAGUUGAGUAGCAUACAGAGAAGCAAGAGCUUCUUCGAACUGCAGAAAAGCGGUAAGGUAGCUGAGAGGCUCGACAAAUGCCGUUUUAGUAGAAGCUACAACGAGUUGGACGUCAUGCAAUCAGACAAACAGCCCAACGUCCAGAAACUGACUAGAAAAAUAAGUGACUUAACCAAAGAAAUUGCUGUGAAGAAUUCCAAAAUAAUCGAACAGCAGCGAUGCAUAUCUAUUUUAGAAGAUGCGCUCAGAGAAAAUAAUAACAUUGCAGAAUUCGAACAACUGAUAGCAGUAGUUAGGAGUAAAGAUGAAAGAAUCAAUGAAUUAGAGCGAAUUGUCAAUAAGAAAUGUGGGAUCACUGAAGCCGAUUAUAAAACAAAACGGAUAAUGCAGUUAGAAGAUGCGCUCAAAGAAUCGUUCAUGAUAGCCGCAGAAAGAGAGAGGGUGUUUUAUGAAGAAGAACAAAGGCGCAUCGAAACUCUACAAAAGAUGCGAAAGAUGGAGCAGCGUAUCAAAUCCCUCCAAAACGCUUCAGCGCUGAGCUGCGAGACCUGUUCGCCGCUCAUGAAGCGCUUGAAGCGCCUGGAGGGCGCCCUGACCAACUGCCAGGCGAAGCGGGACGGGGUGUUGCAUACACUGGCUCGAGUAGUUCAAAACAUCCUUGAGGAGCUUAUCACCGAGAAAGACAGCCAAAUAGCCGAGCUGGAGAUGAGCGGCGUGCUGGGCGAGGCUGAGACGGCGAGAUGCGACGCGCUCAAGAGCGAGCGAGACAGACUGCUCAAUAGACUUAAGAUUGAAAACGAGCGCAUCGUGGAGAUCGAGAGGGGCGCGUACCAGGAGCCUACGAGCGAGGAGGAUCUCUCCGCAGCCGCGCCCGACCUAGCGCUCGCCGACUCGCUGCUGGCCGUCUGCGACGACAAUGAGAACGACAUCCCGGCAACAGUGCUCUGACGUCACAGCUAAGUCAAAAACUAAAUGUGUAUGUGGCAUUAGCAUCACGCACUUGUCACCCCAUCACCGCUACCUUACCAAUCAUCGCUUUAUCACUCCAACUUACUAACCGUUCUGCCAAAAAAGCCGCCCUAGCUUGCAAUAUCGAAAACGCGUUCUCCAUUAAAAAAAACAACUCGCCCAUUUGAAAAUCGAAACGUGCCAUAUGACCAAAGAUGGUUUUCUCUUUUUAAAUUUUGAAUGUAAAUAAAAACUCCUUGUUUUGUUU